UGCGGGGCGCGGGCCGUCGCAAUCCCUCCUCCGGCCCCUGGCCCCGGGAGCCCCCUUUGGAAAGCCUACACAGUCCAGACCUCGGAAGGUGUACGCCCGACAGCGGCUUCCGAGGCCCAUUCAAAAGCUUUGGCUGUGUGCCGUGGACCUCUGGACCACUAUGACUUUCUGAUCAAAGCUCAGGAGCUGCGGGACGAUGAGCACCAGAGGAGGGUCAUUCAGUGUUUGCAGACGUUACUGGAGGACCUGAAAGGAUACAGCAUAGAGGACGGAGGGCUCCUUUCAAAGCUUUUUUCAAAGAACAAACCUCCAAAAGGCCUGUAUGUUUAUGGAGACGUCGGUACAGGGAAAACAAUGGUGAUGGACAUGUUUUAUGCUUAUGUGGAAAUGAAGAGGAAAAAACGGGUCCAUUUUCAUGGCUUCAUGCUAGAUGUGCACAGAAGAAUACAUCGCCUUAAACAGAGCUUGCCCAAGAGGAAGGCAGGAUUCAUGACUAAGUCAUAUGACCCCAUCGCUCCCAUAGCUGAAGAGAUCAGUCAAGAAGCUUGUCUCCUAUGUUUUGACGAAUUUCAGGUCACUGACAUCGCCGACGCCAUGAUUCUGAAACAGCUUUUUGAAAAUCUGUUCAAAAACGGGGUCGUCGUUGUGGCAACAUCCAACAGACCACCGGAAGAUCUCUAUAAAAAUGGACUCCAGAGGGCCAACUUUGUACCGUUCAUAGCUGUCCUGAAGGAAUAUUGCAAUACGGUCCAGCUAGAUUCUGGGAUAGAUUAUCGGAAAAGGGAACUCAUUCCUGCAGGGAAACUCUACUACCUCACAAGUGAAGCUGAUGCGGAGGCUGUCAUGGAUAAGUUGUUUGAUGAGCUGGCCCAGAAACAAAAUGAUUUAACUAGACCAAGGAUUCUAAAAGUGCAAGGGAGAGAGCUGAGGCUGAAUAAAGCCUGUGGAACCAUUGCCGACUGCACGUUUGAAGAGCUGUGUGAGAGGCCGCUUGGAGCAAGUGAUUAUUUGGAAUUGUCGAAGAAUUUUGAUACAGUGUUUAUACGGAACAUUCCACAGUUUUCACUGGCAAAGCGGACUGAAGCGCGACGAUUCAUAACUCUCAUCGACAACUUCUAUGACUACAAGGUGCGGAUAAUUUGCUGUGCGUCAGCUCCUAUCCCAAGCUUAUUUUUGCAUCAACAUCAUGACAGUGAGUUGGAGCAAAGCAGAAUACUGAUGGACGAUUUGGGGCUGAGCCAGGACUCGGCAGGGCUCUCCAUGUUCACUGGAGAGGAGGAAGUCUUUGCCUUUCAUCGCACGGUCUCCCGGCUCACAGAGAUGCAGACUGAGCAGUACUGGGUGGAAGGGGACAGAAGCAAGAAGUGACGUCACUUUCACAGGAAUAAAAACAGGCGGGACUGGUGAGGGCUGUGAGACUGGACAAAAUCAUCUCAUCAUCGACCAUGCGCUUUGUCCCCCAGACUCGUCAUCUGAGGCAGUGGACGAGCACACUGAAGGCUUGUCUU